AUGGUACACACCAUAACAGACCAACUCAAAACUUACUUUGACAUCAACGCCACAAGCGACGUGGCCCCAGCGACAGUGUGGGCAGCCCACAAAGUGACAAUCCGAGGACACCUGAUUGCAACCGCUACAGCACUCAAAAAACAGCGCCUCAAGGACCUCACGGACGCACUAACCACCUUAACGAAGCUCGAAACGCAACACAAACAAAACCCCUCAGACACGCUGCUCACACAGCUUACCUCUACACGAGAGCUCCUCAAGCGACUUUCCGCGGCGGAUGUAGCACGAAACCUUAUGUGGACCAAGCAGCGCUUCUACGAGAAGGGGAAUAAAGCGGAUUCCCUCCUGGCAAACUGCCUUAAAAAAGGCAGGACAACAAAAAAAUCUCCAAAAUCAGAACCAGCAAGGCAGAGAUCAUGA